AUGCAAGAUCCUCGUGAUGACAGCCAGAUUCGACGCUACCGUACUGCGUUUUCCCGCGAGCAAAUUGGACGACUUGAACGCGAGUUCGCCAAGGAAAACUACGUAUCGCGGAAAACGCGAGGAGAACUUGCCGCAGAACUGAAUCUUCCAGAGGGAACCAUCAAGGUGUGGUUCCAAAACCGUCGGAUGAAGGAUAAACGCCAGAAAGUUGGCGGAAUCGCCUGGCCACUGAUCCCUCCACAAAUCGCCUAUCUCAUGCAUCCGUUCAGCUACGACAUGUGGGCGAAGACGGCAUUCGCAUAUCCACCCAGGUGA